CCUCUGGGCCAAAAGGAAAUGGUUAACCAAGGAUAAAAAUAGCAAUCAAACCUCCCCUGUCUAUAUAAAACAACACUUAAGCGUUUUCUUUGCUCACAUCUCUGAAGACAGAAAAUAUGGCGGGGUCGGUGCUACUAAAGGGAAGUAUAUUUCUUGUACUAGUACUUCUUAUUGUAAGUGGAUCACUCGCUAAAGAAAGGAGCAAAAGCAGAAGCAGUAAAAGCGGUAGAGACAAGUGUCGACAAGAACUAUCUAACUGUGUGCGAGGCGGAGUCGCCUGCCAAGGUGGAGGAUAUGAUAUAAAGUGCAUCCCAUUUGAGAGACUAUGUGACGGAAUUGCGGACUGCAGUUGGGGCGAAGAUGAGAUCUACUGUGCGCCCCCUAUUCCACCUGUACCAUCAAGAUUCAGCACUAGGACUGUAAUAAGAACAACCACUACAACAAGAACAAGCACAACGACAUCAACUCGUACUUCAACUUCAACUAGCACACUAACUUCAACUUCAAUGAGUUCUUCAACAAGCACAAUGUCCACUACCUUCACCCCUACAUUUACAUUGGCUCCCAGCAGCGUCUGGGCCACAAGUGUUGUAGUUACAACACUUCCGGCUAAAAUGGUAGCAACAAGGGCGAAUCCGAAUGGUAUUGUAGUGGGUGGAUUUACUUGCUCUUUGGGGGCUGUCGCUCCCGCUGAUCCUAUAUUGGCGGCUGAUCGCUUUAUUGUAAGCGUGUCGUCUACCGUUACUUUUUCUGGGUCCGUCACAGCGUCAUGUUCUCCUACUACUACAACAAUUUGGUAAAUGCAUGACCCGUUUGUGUACUGCAGCCAACCACUUUCCGAUUCUUAAAUAUAUGCAAUUAUAUUUCCAACAACAUAUUUCCUUUUCGAUUAGAAGAUGUAAAAAGAUGAUAAUAAGUUUGUUCUAAUGUAAAUUUAGUUACUACUUUAAAAAUGUUGUGUACAUGGUCUAACUUUUAAAAUGAAAUUAAUAUAAAAUAUAUCAGUUACAAGUAACCAUACAUAAGUACAUGUAUUCGGUAAAAAACUGUUGUUUUUUUUUCUUCAUAUCUUCUGUUUGCGUUAUUUUGGACAAGUACAUUGGGUCAGUGUGACAUACUAAAACAUAAUGAAUAUUGUUGACAAAUAAACAAAGAAAAUGUAACAAAGUCUUUUUAUACGAAUGCUUGUUUGCUGUAAACCACAUUGAGUGUUUCAAUUCAUGAUAUACUGAUACAUAAAUGAGCCGCGUCAUGACAAAACCAACAUAGUGGGUUUGCGACCAGCAUGGAUCCAGACCAGCCUGCGCAUCCGCGUAGUCUGAUCAAGAUCCAUGCUGUUCGCUAUCAGUUUCUCUACUUGUAAUAGGGUGUGUAAGCGAACAGGAUUGAUCCUGAUCAGACUGCGCGGAUGCGCAGGCUGGUCUGGAUCCAUGCUGGUCGCAAAACCAUUAUGUUGGUUUUGUCGUGACACGGCUCAUACUAAUUUUCAAGCUAAGAAAAUCUCUAAACUUCAAACCAUUCUAUUACUGUAAAAAGACUGAGCAUUUACUGCCAUUUUCUGUUAAAAUGUAUUCAAAUAUGAUAUGUUAUUUUUUUCACAGAAAGAAUUGUCAUAUAUAUAUAAUCUUUGAUUUUAGAGAGCGACAAAGAAAUGUAAUAUUGUACACUUCAAUUGCAGUUGCAUAUCUGACUUUACUUAUUACUAAAGUUAUCAUGACAAGCCUUAUUCUGGGUUACCAGCCAUUUUAUUAUUCGAAGCGUAUAUUCCGGGAGUACAUGUAAAUUACACGUGCAAUAGCAAAGAUUAUGUAAUGUCCAACUCCAUUGUAUAUCAUGUUAAACAACAAUUUUAUUAAAUUUUUCAAAACGAACGGAAACAGGUUUUUUUCUCUCGCUGUUUUUUUUUUAAUUGUGUCUGAAAAGAUCUGUUCAACGAAUUCGAAAGAAAAAUACCAUUUCUUGACCGUAUUGAAUACAUUAUUCACAACAUUUCUUUUUAGACCUAAAUUAAGUUACAAUGCAAUGAUCGCGACAGGUACACAGCGAGAAAUAAAAACAUAUCUAAACAUCAUGAACUUAUCAUAAAUCUGAGUCGAUAUAUUAAUGAGGUUUUCGUUGGAUUUCAUGAUUUCUUACUUGGUCCCUCAUAAAGGUUUGGGCAGAAAGGACAAAUACGUUCUACACCACAAACUUGUCUUCUUCGGGCAUACUUGUACUUUCCUUGACACAAAAUUAACGAAUAAUAUACAUAAUAUACGCGUUUUAUGAUGAUAUGAUGCAAGUCGUAUACCGAAUAAAUUCAAGCUUCUGGUUGAACUGAUAAACAAAAUAUCUGUAAACGUGUUUUUAUAUAUUUUCAACAUGUGUAAAGGGGUAUACCUAUGAAAGGAUAGUUCCUCGAUGUUUUAUAACUUCCUUUAUACUUGAUGAAUAAAGAGAAAAUUAAACGUG